AUGCGAGUGUCAAGCAUCUUCCUGGCUUGCGCUGUCGGCGUGUCUGCCGAGUUGCAAAAGAGCGAUGCCGAGGCCGCUCUUGAGCAGGCAUACUCUGGGUUGAUUUCGUCCUUCAACACGGAGGACUAUGCUACCCAAGCACAGGCGAUCUCUUUUUUAGCCCGCUCUCCGGCUUUCCAGGCUAAAAUGGCUGCCAUGCCUCAGUGCGAUUUUGGUGCGGCUGAAGGCGCUGCUGCGAAGAAAGGCGUGUCUGCGUACCCAGGUGGCAUCGUCGCCCGUUUGUUUGGCUCAGAUCUCAGCUCCUUGGUCGCCAAGAUGGCCCCGCAGGGUCGCGGUGCCGCGGAGGUCUUGGCCGCCAACGGCCUGGCCACUGGCGCAGGCCUCGUUCAAAGCGCUAUGUCAGCCCUGCUCAACGUUGCUCCUCCGCUCAUUGGUGCACCGGUGUGGAUCAAUCAGCCGCUUCCAUGCAUGCCUUUGGCAACGGCCUCGAACUGUGGAGGAAGCGUUCUGUACCCGAUCACUGCCAGCGACUUCGCUAUGGCAGAUGUUACGGAUAGACAGUUGGAUGGUACCAUUGCUGACUUUCCUCGCUUUUACCGCAGCACUGUCGGUAAGACCAGCGACGCUGCCUACAAGGCCUGCUUUGCAGCUUACAUGGGAAUGCAGUGCGCUUCCGUCUUCCCGCGUUGCGCAGUGCCGAUGGCACGCGAAGAGCCAAGUCCAAUGGGAAGACUGCCAUUGUGCUUCACCAGCUGCUUGCUGACGAUGACGGCGUGCCCAGGAAUGUGGAUUUCGGAUAUGAAGGACGAAUGCAGCAUGGUCAGCGCUCCGCCGGCGUGCUCCAUGGCAAUUUUUCACAACUUCCAGUUGCUCCCGCCGCAGUACGAGUCCUUCGAGGAAACGAUCGGUGCCCCGACCGAGUGCCCUCAAAUGCCGGCCGUUGCGUCUCAGUUGGGUCUUGGAGCAGACAGUGACGUGUACACGCUUGGUGGUGCCUCCUCUGGUGCUUACAGCAGUGGAGGAGCUUUGCCGCAUGCAUAA